CUGGCGCUGGUUGAAACCAAGACGUAUUUUUGUCCGGUGUGACUUUUACUUUUUAAUUUUUACAUUUACUUCGGUGCCGCGAUUUGUUGACAAAACCCACCGAUAAAAUGGCGUCCACAGCGGCAGGCAAACAGCGGAUUCCGAAGGUGGCGAAGGUGAAAAAUAAAGCUCCUGCAGAGGUUCAGAUCACAGCUGAGCAGCUGCUGAGAGAAGCCAAAGAGAGAGAGUUGGAACUUCUGCCUCCGCCACCAAAGCAGAAGAUCACAGAUGAAGAGGAGCUGAAUGAUUAUAAACUCAAGAAGAGAAAGGGAUUUGAGGACAACAUUAGAAAGAAUCGUACCGUCAUCAGUAACUGGAUUAAAUACGCACAAUGGGAAGAAAGUCUGAAGGAGAUCCAGAGGGCUCGCUCCAUUUACGAGCGUGCGCUGGACGUCGACCACCGCAACAUCACACUGUGGCUGAAAUAUGCCGAGAUGGAGAUGAAGAGCCGACAGGUGAACCAUGCCCGUAACAUUUGGGACAGAGCCAUCACCAUCCUGCCUCGAGUCAACCAGUUCUGGUACAAAUACACGUACAUGGAAGAGAUGCUGGGGAACGUGGCCGGCUGCAGGCAGGUGUUCGAGCGCUGGAUGGAAUGGGAACCCGAUGAACAGGCCUGGCACUCGUACAUCAACUUUGAACUGCGCUACAAGGAGGUGGACAAAGCCCGCACCAUUUAUGAAAAAUUUGUAAUCGUCCAUCCCGAAGUGAAAAACUGGAUCAAAUACGCUCGUUUUGAAGAGAAACACGGCUACGUCGCCCACAGCAGGAAGGUGUACGAACGGGCUGUGGAGUUCUUUGGAGAAGAAUACGUGGAUGAAAACCUCUACGUGGCAUUUGCCCGGUUCGAGGAGACACAGAAAGAGUUCGAACGGGUCCGUGUGAUCUAUAAAUACGCACUGGACCGGAUCCCGAAACACCAGGCUCAGGAGCUGUUCAAGAACUACACUGUGUUCGAGAAGAAGUUCGGAGAUCGGAGGGGCAUCGAGGACGUCAUCGUCAGCAAGAGGAGGUUCCAGUACGAGGAGGAAGUCAAGGCGAACCCACACAACUACGACGCGUGGUUCGAUUACCUGCGUCUGCUUGAGAGCGACGCUGAGCCCGACACUGUCAGGGAAGUUUACGAGAGGGCGAUCGCCAACAUCCCCCCGAUCCAGGAGAAGAGACACUGGAGACGAUACAUCUACCUGUGGAUCAACUACGCCCUGUACGAGGAGCUGGAGGUCAAAGACCCAGAGAGGACUCGUCAGGUCUACCAGGCCUGUCUGGAGCUCAUCCCACACAAAAAGUUCACGUUUGCGAAGAUUUGGCUACUUUUCGCCCAGUUUGAGAUUCGACAGAAGAACCUCCAAGCAGCCAGAAAGAUCAUGGGCACCGGCAUCGGUAAAUGUCCGAAGAACAAGCUCCUGAAGGGCUACAUCGAGCUGGAGCUGCAGCUGCGAGAGUUCGACCGCUGCAGGAAGCUCUACGAGAAAUACCUGGAGUUCAGCCCCGAAAACUGCACCACCUGGAUCAAGUUCGCAGAGCUGGAGACGAUCCUGGGCGACAUGGACCGAGCACGAGCCAUCUUCGAACUGGCCAUCGGACAGCCACGCCUGGACAUGCCUGAGGUUCUGUGGAAGUCAUACAUCGACUUCGAGAUCGAGCAGGAGGAGUUUGAAAACACCAGAAACCUUUACAAACGACUGCUUCAGCGAACGCAGCACGUCAAGGUCUGGAUCAGCUACGCCAAGUUCGAGCUGUCGGUCGACGGCCCCGAGCGUCUGCAGAAAUGCCGGCAGAUCUUCGAGGAGGCCAACAAGGGCAUGAGGAGCUGCGAGGAGAAGGAGGAGCGCCUGAUGCUCCUGGAGUCCUGGAGGGACUUCGAGAGGGAGUUCGGCUCCGACGCCGCCAGGGAACGAGUCCGGAAGCUGCUGCCGGAGAAGGUGAAGAAGAGGAGGAAGCUGACGGCCGAAGACGGGUCGGACGCAGGCUGGGAGGAAUACUACGACUACAUCUUCCCCGAAGACUCGGCCAACCAGCCCAACCUCAAACUCCUCGCCAUGGCCAAGAUGUGGAAGAGACAGCAGGCGGAACAUGACGACGACGGCAGCUCCGACAAGGCUCCGGAAAAAUCCCCGGAGGCUGAAGAGUCGACGACGACAACAUCGACUGAAGAACCGGAGAACGAAUCGAACAGGAACACGGAACAGGAGUUCGACGACCGAGACGACGCCGACAGCAGCAGCACCACCUCCAGCAGCAGCAGCAGCGAAAGCAGCAGCGAAAGUGACGAUGAGGAGGAGGAGAAGAAGAGCAGGAGCGAAGAUGAGGACAAAGACUAGACGUUUUACACAGAUGAGUGUGGAUUUGGUGUUUAUUGUUCAUCCUGGAGGCAUUUUCUAUUUGUACAGAAGCAGCGGAUGAGCAGAGUUUAAUGUGAGCAUGUUUUCUUUGUAAUACAUCACUUCACAAACUCA